CCUCUUCCUCGUGUGCUCUUCUUUGUUCUCUUCCUUCAACACUUUGCUCUUUUCCAAACUUCCAAACUUAGCAUUGAGAACACACUUUCCAAAGUACAGCAAAACAUUGCGUGGAAAUCGCAACUUCAACCUUCCAACUUCAAACAAAUCAAAACAUCUCCACUCCAAAAUGCCAGGAAUGAUCCCAGCAUUCUACCUCGCUCUCUCAGCCGGCAACAUCGCUGUCCUCACUUUCAUGUACGGCAAAUUGGGCGCACCAGCAGCUGCUGUUGCGGUCCCGGCUAUAGCUGCGCAGAGACGACGUGUGGUGUCGAAGUUAGGGAUGUUUAGGGAGAUGACGAGCGUUAAUGGGCCGUUUCCGAGGGGUGGGCAUGCUGCUGGUUUGUGAAUGGAAGCAGAGGAGCAAUUUGAAUACUUUUUGGGGUUUAGAAAGGCUAGGGAGAGGGAUGGGUAGUACAGGAUGGGACUGCAUUGAAGGAGGGAAGCGCAAUUGAAAGCGACAUUCUCUGGGCUCGGAGUUGCGAGGAUGGCGUUGGCUACGGAUUCUGUUUCCUUCGCUCCUAGCAAUGAAUAUGCUGGUCGCUCUAUUUCUCUGGGAGUUUAGCUAAGCAUGGGUUUGGGAUUCGAAUUGGGUGUUCUUUGCAUUUCUGGUGUGAUGGUAUGAGGUGAUUCGCGGGGUUUCAGGGCCAGUUCUCAGCUGAGGUGUGGAGCUUAGCAUAGCGUCUAAGGGAAAUGCUUGCAUCUAGAUGAUUAGAUGAGAUAAAACACCAUGAGUAGACAGAGGAAAUAA